AUGGAUCCCGAACUGAUAAUUGAAGAGAUGGAGCGAGAAACCACACCGAGCACGUCUUCCUUUACCACUAUAUAUCCGGCCUACGAAAACCGUAGCACUUGGAGCAACAUCACAGACGUCAACGGACAGAGCUUGAAUAUAUAUUACUUCUAUGAUUCUAUUCAGUUUACGGUUAUGUGGGUGCUGUUCGUUCUGAUUGUGGUGUUGAAUGCGUCGGUGAUCGCUGCACUCCUCUGCACGAAUGCUAGGAAGAGUAGAAUGAACUUCUUUAUAAUGCAACUGGCAAUUGCAGAUCUGUUUGUGGGAUUGAUUUAUGUCUUUAUUGACAUCGUUCAAAAAAUAACAAUAGCUUGGCUGGCUGGAGAGUUUAUGUGUAAAAUCGUUAAGUUCCUUCAGGCUGUGGUAAUGUACGCAUCUACUUAUGUCCUGGUGGCAUUGAGUAUUGACCGAUGUGAUGCUAUAACAAAUCCGAUGAACUUCUCUGGCAGCUGGAACCGUGCAAGAGGCCUUAUAGUUUCGGCAUGGAUCAUCAGCAUAAUGUUCUCAAUUCCAUUGCUUGUUUUGUACGAAGUGAAAGAAGUACAAGGGCAGAUGCAGUGCUGGAUAGACUUGGGCACUCCACGACGAUGGCAAAUAUGGAUGUCCUUGGUCUCAGUUAUGAUCUUUGUUCUGCCAGCAUUGGCUAUUGCUGCAUGUUAUGCUGUCAUAGUGUUGACAAUCUGGACUAAAAGCAAGGCCGUCGUAAUGAGUCCGCCUAUCAAUUCUCGAAGAUCUAAAACUAUGAGGAACGGACAAGCAGAAUGCGAUCCCGACUCUAGACGUGCCAGUUCUCGAGGGCUAAUACCGAGGGCCAAGAUCAAAAGUGUCAAAAUGACGUUCGUCAUCGUGUUUGUGUUCGUCCUAUGCUGGUCGCCGUACAUCGUGUUCGACCUGUUGCAAGUUUACAACCACAUCCCGCCUACGCAGACCAAUUUGGCCAUCGCCACUCUUAUCCAGAGCCUGGCACCGCUGAAUUCCGCUGCCAACCCUCUGAUAUGCUGCAUGUUUUCUCCGCAUAUAUAUUCCAGUUUGAGACGUGUACCCCCUUACCGAUGGCUGUGGUGCGGAAGGCCGCACAAACGACACGCACGUGGAACCCUGCGUUCCCGCUCCGACUCCACCGCAAACUCCGACCUCCUCAGUUCGACCCACGCGAGACGCUCGCACUCUGUCGCAACCGUAUUGAAUCGUACUCGCAGCAACAGUAUAUCGCGAGGGCAACCCGACAAUCGCCGUACUCAGCUCCUGGUCAUGAUUUCAUCGCGCGAC